AUGGGUGGAGUAGAGUUUGAAGGCACCGUUGAUCCCACUGAUGCUGAACAAUGGCUGGAGCGCAUGGAAAGGGUGUUUGAGCAGUUGGAAUGUUCUGAUGUUGCCAAAUUUAAGUAUGCUAUUUCACUAUUACAGAAGGAUGCUUAUGAUUGGUGGGUAAGUGUUCCAAAUGCCAAGGUAAAACCUCCUGUUCUUACUUGGGAUGAUUUUCUUAGGGAAUUUCGUAUGAAAUAUGUCCCACCUGCUUAUUGUGAUGCAAAGAGAAAGGAGUUUUUGAAUUUAAGGCAACGAGGUAUGUCAAUUGUUGAGUACCAACAGAAGUUUUUAAGGCUUUCUCGUUAUGCUGGAGGUAUUAUUAAAGAGGAAAAAGACAAGUGCAGGAAAUUUGAAGAUGGUUUAAAUGAUUCCAUCAGAAAGAAUGUGGCGAUCCUGCAACAUGAGAACUUUUGUAAGUUAGUGUCUGCUGCAUUUACUUGGGAGCGACUUGAUAAAGAAGAAGCUAGCAGAAAUGAAAGCAAAUUCCAGAAGCCUAGAACCGAUUUUGGGGGGCCAUCAAAAAGGGGAAGGUUUGAUAACUUUAAGGCUAGUAGUGAUAACAAGCCACCACAACAAAAGCAAAGCAGAUCAAAUUUUUCUACAGCUAGCACGCCAAAUUAUGGCCAAGGUAAGCCUCGCGUUCCCACUUGUUCGCAAUGUGGAAAGAAUCACUAUGGUACUUGUAGGAGAGCUUCUGGUGCAUGUUUCAAUUGUGGGAGCUUUGAUCAUAAAGUGAAGGAUUGUCCUAAUCCUAAUAAUGCUCCUUCCUUGAGAACUGAAGGCUCAGUUCAUAAGCCUUCUAUUAAUCCUUCUCAAACUAAUAGAGGUGUAAGACCUAAAAACACCCAAGCAGCAGGUACAAGUGGAGCUAAUCAAGCUAGUGGGCAAAGGGGUACUGCACGUGCUUAUGCUAUGAGGCAGAGGGAUGAUCAAGAUGGACAAGACGUGGUUGUCGGUUGUGUGUAA